GGGGUCAGCUGUGGAGGGCGUCGCGCCUCGGUCUCCGGGAGCUGCGGGUCUGGCGUCCAGGCGGCGGGUUAGGGGUGUGGAAUCCUCGUCUGUCAACGCCGGCAAAGAUCUCCGGAGUGGCCGCGAGUAGGGUUUGCUCUGCUGUGCUCCAUCACCUUCUUCUAAAGAUGCAUCCUGACUUAUCUCCACACUUGCACACUGAAGAAUGCAACGUCUUGAUUAACUUGCUUAAGGAAUGUCACAAAAAUCACAGUGUACUGAAAUUUUUUGGCCAUUGCAAUGAUCUUGACCGGGAGAUGAGAAAAUGCUUGAAGAAAGAGUACAUGGAAAAGAGGACCAAGAGCAGGGAACAUGGCAAUGCAAUGCGAAAGAGACUUUUUAAUCCUCCAGAGGAGUCUGAAAAAUAAGAUUAUAUUUUCACCAGAUGCCUUGACUAAGAGAAGACCUAAAGACUUACUUGAUAACUGAAAAAAUCCUAUCUCCAGAAUCCUCUGAAUGGAAAGUGACUCAUGUGACCAUGGAGGAAUACAGAAAGGCAUGGGCAGAGCCUUUAGUACUCACUCCUCCUCAGUCAACAACAAAUCUGACUUCUCACAUGUUUCUUUCUCCUACUACAACCAGAUAACAUUCAAGUAAUCUAUCUCCCUUAAUAAAAUAAUUGGCUUUAACUGUA